AUGGCGACCUCGAAGGAAGUUGCCGUCAACGGUCGCGAUACGUUUUUUAGCAAAUCCCCUUUCCUGAAGAAACCAACAAGCAUUGUAUUACCAAAAGAUGAACAUGUCAAGAAAAAAAGAAAGACGAGUUUCGAAGAAGAGACAAAACCUUUGGAGAAUUUUGGCAAAACGCAUCGUUUGAGUUCGCACGAAGAGAGUUGGAACAUAACGUCUGUGUCGCCGACAUCACCAACACCGUCACCAACAAAAACACCGAACAACAGUUUAAAGACAACCUUAAAGAAAAUUAAAAAGGAAGGGAAGUGUGAAUUUACACCUGCAGCCCCAGAGAUUAUUUCUCACAAUGAUUUGAAACUGAAAAUCAAGAGAAACUCAGUUGACACAAAUCAUGAAAGCAAUGGUACUGCUAAACUUAAUGGAGGAUCAGAUGUAAAGAAAAAGAAAAAGAAACACAAGGAGCAUCAUCAUUAUCAUCAUAACCAUGAAGAGGAAAAGAAUUUUAAUGAUCAAGAUUAUACCAUUAGAUUAAAUCCAAAGGAAAAAACUCGUCUCUCACAUCUGAUUCAUACAGAGGUUGACGCCAAUGGUGGAGCAUCAGUGCUGCAUGUUUAUACAGAUGAAAUUGCUGGGUUAAGAGAAGAAAAGCUGCAAAAGUUUGUCAAACUGUUUUUUCGUGAAGUCUUUGCUGAAAAAAGUGAAGGUGUGGCAAAAAAUGUUAUGGGCAUUGUUCAUAACGCUGCAGGAUAUCUACCUGAACUUGUGAAGUACUUUGGAGUAAAUCAUCCAAAUUUGACUGUCAAGGUUUCUUCUUUAUAUAAAAAAUCAGACCUUGAGACUUUGAAGAUGGAGGAAUUCAUGCAAAGAGUGGAAUCUUCCUAUGAUUGUGGGACAUACCGGUCAGGCCCCCUUCUGCAGUUCAGCUUAGUUGGGACGGUUCAGGAGGAAAGUGGAGGAUAUUUCCCAGAGUUUUUGGACUUACUUGAACAAUGUCUCUUUCUGAAGGAGACAAUGCCUUGGGGAACUUUCUCAGCACUUAAUUUAACUGAGCGAAACAAAAGCAAUGAUGGCCCUAUCAUGUGGGUUCGACCAGGAGAGCAGGUUGUUCCCACAGCAGAAUCAAGAUCACCAUACAAGAAGCGAAGAAUUGGUGUAAAUGAACUCCAAAACCUACAGUACCUUCCCAGGGUUUCUGAACCCAGAGAGAUUCUUGCCGAAGAUAGAACACGCUGUCAUGCUGAUCAUGUUGGACAUGGCUUUGACAGACAAACGACUGCAGCUGUUGGUGUAUUGAAAGCAGUCCAUGUAGGAGAAAUUCCAGCUGCCAACAGAGACUGUAAGGAUGUGAUCUGUUUUAGUGCUGAAAACUUUAAUUUCCUGACUCAGAAACUGCAGUUGGAUCUUCAUGAACCUCCAGUCCAACAAUGUGUUAGUUGGGUAGAUGAUGCAAAAUUAAAUCAGCUGAGAAGAGAUGGUGUGAAAUAUGCUGCAUUCCGGCUGAGGGAUAAUGACAUCUACUUCAUUCCUCGCAACAUCAUUCAUCAGUUUAGAACAGUUACUGCAUGUACAAGUUUAGCUUGGCAUCUGAGAUACAAGAAUUACUAUCCUGAAUUAAAGGAAUCAGAAAAGGUAGUGGAGCAGUAAGGAAAGAAAAUGGCCACAGGUGAACAUGUUGAGAAAUUUUUUGCUGCCACAGGCAGAAAUCUUACCUCUACUUGUAUGUAACAUGUUACUCCUUGAUGCUGUGUACGUGAUCAUGUAAAAUAUACAGCACUGUACAGCAUUAUGUGGUUCCCUUUUCAAAAGCCUGUUAGAAUUGUCACAGACCUCAAUGUCCCACCAUCACAAUGGUUUUUAAGAAGAAUUCACCAUUAGUGACAUGAUUACUUGUAUAUUCUCCCAGUCAGAGCUGGUCUCUGUCAUGUCCACCUCAUAAGAAGGUUACUCUUCUUUAAAGAAGCAUGCAGUUUAGAAAUAUAAGCACAUUCAUGUUUAUGACAAGUGUUGUCUGACCCCUCACAGUUCCAGUUCUUAUACAAUGUAAGCUAAGCAUCUAUGUUACACUUUAUACAGUAGCUGUAAAAGGCAGGUUUUCACUAAUUAUAAAGUCAGAAUCAGAGUUGCAAUCAGAAGUGAAGAGCCAUUACUGGUAUGUCAUAAUGUAGGACAAACUGAAAGAGCUGAGUGCAAGAUGCCAUUCUUCAAAUGACUCAGUUACCUAUGAGCUAGUGAAAACUAGAUUGUUUGAGUCAUAAGCACUUGGGGGCUCAAGAACAAGCAUUGUGAUUAUCAACUCAUUUCAUUUCAUCAACUGAGUUCAUAACUUAAAUUGACUGCAGUAAAGAGUUGUAAAGCAGGGCUUCCAAGCAUUAGCAUUUGUCGUUCCCUCUGACAUAGGGUUAACGCAUGAAACAUCAGCUUUACAAACUCUUAAUGGUGGCCAAUUAACAUAAACAACUCAGUAGAUAAAAUCAAACUAACUUGUAAUACCCCUCGCCAAAAAUUAGCCCCAUACAACUCAGAGUUGACCUGUAACUACUGGACACCAACAUUAAGCUUUGUGAGUGGUUACUUGAGGUGGGUUAUCAUUACAAGUGUUACACCAUAGUUUCUUUGCCUUAAAGUGACUAAUUUGGACAAUUUAUUAGAAUAUCCUUCAUGAAUUUAAUGCCAGCUGAUUCAGGCACUUGAUGUACAAUGAGUGAAUAUUAAGAGAAAGUGCUUUUAGUGCUCCUUCAAAAAUCAAGAUUCACUACGUUUCAUUCUCCAGGAUUACUGAUUAAUUACAGGUAUUUUAAAAAUUCUCCUAGUAACAGUUGAAGAGUUACUUGCACUCAAACUAGAGUUUGUCCCUUCUAUUUUGUAUGGUAUUAUGAAUGAUAAAUCCAUGUUGGUGACAAUAAAUUGUUAUUAAAUGUAUUGAUAUGAUUUCUUAAGAAUAGGUUUAGUACCUAAAUAUUUCAUUUCGAAUAAUCCACUGGAAGCUAGUGACAGUCAAACCAAAGUUUUUACUGUGUUAAAGAAACCAAUAUGAGUACAAAGAAUUAUGUUGUACACUUUCAUUGAUCAUUCCAUAAGUGUUGGUUGAUCAGAUUAUGAUAAUCUGUAUUGGGCAGGUGUUAAAUCCAUGUUUAAAGUUUUUAUUUCUAUGGUUCUAGCUUUGAAAAUGUUAACCCUUUACUCCCAUGAAUGACCAAGACAUAAUUUCUCCUUACAAUAUUAAUGCAAUGUCAAGCAGAAAAGUGAUGAAAGUAAAGAAAAAUAUCCAAAAAACCAAAUUCUCCAAACUCACAUCACAAGAAUGGUAUGGCAAAAAGUAAGGAGGAUUAAGAAUGAGAUCUUGGGAGUGAAAGGGUUAAGGAAAAAAAAAUUAUCAUAUCUAUAUACUAAGUAAUUUAUAGAAAAACAGUGUAAACAAUAUAUUAUGGUAUGUUAACAGGGCACUUAGGGAGCUUAUUAACCUGUGUUUUGAAAAAUUCUGCAGAAGUCCCUCUCGGUUUCUGAGUUGCUGGUCAUGCCCCUUAAACCUCAUAUCAGAGCCACCUUGACUACACUAAUAAUGUAAAUUGUAAGGUGUCUCUGAUGUUGACAAGGCUUCACCUGAACACUGCUGAGCUUUUUUUUUCUUUUUAGGUGGCACUGAAACCCUAGUGAUAAUCUCCAUUAGGAAAUCAAGUGUAACAUGCGUGCAUGCUCUCUAUUGAUUCGUUUUAACUCUUUAACCCCGAAGAGUGAUUAACAUCUAAUUUCUCCAAUCAGUAUCACUCCUGAAACAAACAUUAAAAGUCAAGGGAAUUAAGGAAAUGGUCACCAACUACAGAAGCUCUUGAUCGUCAAACAAAUUCUGCUUGUCAGUAUCAUAGGAAAUGUUUAGAGAACAGUAUUGAGGAUAUGCAUAUGGUAUAUAGGGUUAAACUAGCAAGUAUACUGCAGGGCUAAUACUGAAGGCUACUCAAAGGCCCUCAUUGCAUGUACUGAUAUUUAUCUUUAAACCGACUUUGAGAUCUAAAAGUAAGAGUGUAACCUGAUGUUGGCAACGAUUGAUUCGUUAUUACAUCAUAUCUUUAAGUUCUGUUCUAGUGGUGAAAACUGUAGCAAUUUUUGUUCCAAAAUGACUUGGUGUAAGUUGUGCAAAAAGUGAGAACUAUAGUUACAACUGUUCGGGAAAAAUUCCUUAUGGGAGAGAAAAAAUAUUUUGAAACUGGAGAUUUUCUGCAAAUGGCAACUUUUAUAUAUUACAAGGGGUUGAAAUAGGUAACAGAAAUAAAUGACCAUAUCUAGUUCUCCAUGCACUAUGUUUGGUUGCCUUGCAAGGCACUGGAUGAAGUGAUAAAUGUUGUGGUUACAGAUUUCUAUCUUGUUUGUAAAGAACUCAGAGAUGCUUAAUGUUUUGCAUCAGGGGAUACAUGAGCAGAAACAAUUUCACAAUCAAUCCCUGUGCGAAAUUAGUCUAAAGCAUUUUUGCUUAAUUCUGUCAUACGCGCGGGCCUGGAAAUCUUGAUUAAUGAUUAAGUUAGACUCCUAAGUUUAGAGAAAGAUUACAUAAAUUGUUUGUAAAUCAUAACGAAAAGAAUUAUAGUUAUACUAUUUGAGAGAUAAAUAUUUCUUAUUUACCGUGUAUUUAAUAAUAAUUAUCAGGCCAGGAGAAAGUACGUUUGUCACAAUGAGGGUAUGUUUUGCUACUUAUGAGAUCGCGUGACAUCUUAAGACCACGCUAUCAUUAAACAUGUCCGCAAAGUAAAUACAGCUACUAGGCUACCAGUUGUUUACCUCACUUCAAAACAAAACUAUAGCACUAUGCUAAGAAGUCGAGAAGUAUUUAUUGAUAGGUUGAGGAGUCGUUAACUUAUUAUCAUUGUAAAUAGUGUUUUUAUCCUUAUUAAAACUUAUUUCAAA